UUAAAUAACACGGUGUGAUGGAAAAUUUCUGGCUAAUAGGCCAACACGAGUGCCUAAUACACAGUAGUCUGCUGUGUCGUCUGAUUUGUACCGGUUCUACAUAAUGCAUAUAUUAAUUGUGCCUGCUUGACAAGUAGAUGGCACUGUCAGACAGAUAGACACUGAUGCAGACAGCCAGACGACUACAACACUUGCUCACAAUGUCCGUUACACUGAACUCUGGUGUGGUCAUGCCGAUCAUUGGAUUUGGAACAUUUAAAAUCAAAGGAAAAGAGCUGGUUUACAAAGUGCUGGAUUCCGCUCUUGCAGCAGGCUACCGUUCUAUAGAUACUGCUUCUGUGUAUAAGAAUGAAGAAGACAUUGGCACAAGCCUGAAAGACCUCCUACCUAAACAUGGGCUAAAGAGACAGGACAUCUUUAUCACUAGUAAACUAGGUCCCAAAGACCAGGGGUGUGAUAAGUGUAGGAAGAGUUGUCUACAGUCACUAAACAACCUCCAGUGUGACUACCUCGACCUUUACCUCAUACACUGGCCAGGGACACAGGGUAUGCAGCCAGGUGACACACGCCACCGUGAACUGCGCAUGCAGAGCUGGACGGACAUGGUCACACUGCAACAGGAAGGGAAACUUAAAGCAAUAGGUGUGUCAAACUUUCUACAACAUCAUAUAGAGGACCUCAUAAAGACUACACAACACAUUCCAGCCGUCCUACAGAUGGAGUACCACCCACACCUGGUACAGCGAGGGUUAGUGGACUACUGUAGGAGUAAAGGAAUACACUUCCAGGCCUACUCGUCUCUAGGAACAACCACAGACAAUAAUACACUGCUGACAGACCCUGUUGUAUGUAAGAUGGCCACACAGAGGGGAGUAUCUGCUGCUCGAAUCCUCCUCCGCUGGGCCGUACAACAGGGUGUAGGUGCAAUCCCAAAGUCCACCAAUCCAGACCACAUUCGAGACAACUUUGACAUUUUCUCCUUCUCCCUGAGUGACCAGGAAAUGGUCAGUCUUGACCAACUGGACGAUCAGUCCCAUCUCUGCUGGAACCCAAGUCAGGUGCUAUGACCCCUGAUUCCUGAGUGUUGUUUGACUCUGAAGUGCUAAAACAAAACUACAUCAGUGAAAUUGUACAUGUUACCACAGUGUGCCACUUAACAUAUCAAGAUGCCCAUAGACCCGUAUAUCUCUCAUAUAUUAUUAGAGGGUGUUGGCGAAAUACACUUGAAGCCAUUUUGGAGGCACGGUAGUCUAGUGGUAGGACGCCGGGCUCGUGACCGAAGGGUUGUGUGUUCGAGUAUGUGGUUG